AUGGCUACCUGCGAAGUCAUCCAACUCUCCGUCGUCACCUUCCGUCCCGACCUCUCCCCGCCGUACUCGCCACCCGCGCCGCCAUCGGCCUUCCUCGACGUCGCCGCUAAGCUGCAGGCCGUCCCCGGGGCGCGCGCCUCAUACCUCGGGUACCAGCUCGAGGACUCGCGACGCUGGGUCUGGGUGGUGCGCUGGGCGACGGGCGCCGCGCUCGACGCCUUCCUGGCCAGCCCCUCGUAUGCCCGCUGGCUCGGCUCGCUGCGCGCCGUCGCCGACACGUACGCCAGCUCCCGCGCCUUCUUGAGGGGCGAUAUCGCCGCCUCGCUCAACAGCCCCUGCACCGAGGUGGUGACGGCGCUCGAGGCCGACCCGGGCUUUGUGGAGGAUCACCUGAGGCCGUUUGCGCGCUGCUUCGAGCGCGAGCCGGCAAAAAUCCCGGGUUACAGGGCCCUCUCGUACGGCCAGUGGCUGCCGGUCGUGCAUGACGGCGUGGUGGCCCCGGUCGGCGUCUCGGCGGGCAUGCUCAUCGGCUGGGAAAGCAAAGAGGCCCAUUACGCACAGCGCGGUGAAGGAAUGCUCAUUGAUCGCUACGUCCAUCACAUCCGCGGUGGCCGCAAAUCAUUAGGCCUGUAUCACGUCAACUUCACUCGUCUCUGA